AUGGAGUACUACUUGAGGGGCAUCCCCGCCCGCAUCAAGAGACGACUGAACAAACAUGGUAGGACGCCCACAGAGGAAGGAAAUGCGCCGGAUCUCGUCGAUGAACAUCGUGCGCCGACGAACCAAGUCCAAGCAGACUUGACAAGCCAGCUGACGCCCGAAUUCUCUCACCAAGCUAUGGCCGAACCAUCGAACCAACCAACGGUUCAGUUAACGGACGAAGUACCUGAUCAGUCUGUGUCUGGUUCUUCCCCCCUUGUAGUUGCUCCAACCGAUACAGAGGUGGAGUCUUCAAAUCCAGCCCUCGAGAGCACCGAUGUUCCCUCGGGGUGCAGUCUUUGGCAACAGGCGUACGACAAACUGUGCAAAGAAGAGGACUUCGAGAGUAAACUGCUCCAGUAUGAGAAAUAUGUCCUUACCCAUGCAAACGUUGCUCCCACCGAACAAACACCAGCUACCUCAUACCUCGAAGAAGUUAAAACCAAUCAGAACCUGAUUCAGGAAUGGGUCAGGAAAGAGCUUGACAGCCUCUCAGAGCAACGAGUCGUCAUUAUCAGGCAGGGCAAACAAGUUGUUGUCCGAGACAAGAUUCACCGAGUUAUCAAAUUCAUUGAAAAGCAAAAAGACCUUAUCAAAGCCGGUGUGGCUGCUGAGCCGACAGCUGCUUUAGUCUGGGGUGGUGCGAUGGCAAUAAUACCGUUCCUCCAAAACAUAUUCCAGCAAGAUACAGAUGCUGCCACAGCAUUUGAGGAUAUUUGCUUCCUGACCCUGCAAAGCAGCGUGGUUGAACGCAGGUUGGACGAGUUGCGUCAAGGUGAACAACAGGACUCAGUAACCUCAUCUCUUCUAGAAGGCAUGGAACAGGAGAUUAUCAACCUUUAUGCAACCUCUCUUCGUUUUCAGAUCAGACUUAUAGUCCACUAUCAGAAUGGUUCUCUUGUGCGCAUUGGCCGUGAUGCCGUGCAGGCAGACGCGUGGCAUGAAAUGUUGAAAGAUGCACAAAACGCCAAUGCAAAGAUCGCGGGCGGCUUCACCACCCUCGGAAGCGACAGGACCUUGUCUGAGCUUCCGGCCAUUUCAGACGGUGUCAAGGCUCUUCGUGAGCAGAUGAUGGAAAGCGCAGACGAUACUCGACUUGAACAACUAACGUGCGUUGGUGCCGCCCUCUUCCACUCUCGAGAGGUGGAAGACCACGGUGGUUGCCUCGAGGGAACCCAGGUCGAGACCUUGAAUAUGAUCCAAAGUUGGGUGGAAGAUCCAGAUGCUCCCUUCGUGUUCUGGCUUCAUGGUAUGGCUGGCACGGGCAAGUCCAGUAUUGCUCUGACCGUUGCUCAACGACUUCACAAACGGAAGCCUUUUGCCACUUCAGAACCUCCGCAUUCUUCUAUCGCGCUUGGGGCUACCUGGUUCUUCAAUAGUAACGAUAGGAGACGAAGUUCAGGGGCAAAUCUUGUCACUAGUGUCGCGCGAUGCUUAGCAUUUAGUGUACCCAGACUCAGAAGCCACAUUUCCAAGGCGAUCCAAGACAAUCUCAAUGUCGACAACAAGUCACCUGGUGAGCAGCUUCGCUUGCUCAUCCGAGAUCCCCUCCUAUCUCUUGACGAGGAGUUGUUUUCUCCCAUCCGACUCCUCAUCGUCAUAGACGCUCUUGAUGAGUGUUCGAAUGCCAAAGAGAUUCUUCAGCUUGUUCAGAACCUCAGCCUAGAUAAGACAAAGGUCCAUAUCCGGAUCCUGGUAACUAGCCGGAAAGAGGUCUACAUCUCCAAGUACUUCGUGACGAUUCUUCGAGGCCUCUACCGUUCGGCCCAUCUCGAGAGGAUUGGAAAUCAGAAUUAUGUCAAUCAUAGUCACAGCUUAUACGCUCUAAAGGAAUCCGAGGUGAUCGACAUUGAUGAUAUUUCAAGGUUUCUCAUACACACAUUAUCAGAAAUUGCUAUUGCUCAGGAAUGGCCCAAAGACUGGCUGAACACCGACAAGAUUGAGAGACUGAGGAAGAUGUCAGGGGGACUAUUCCUGUGUGCUUCUGUAGCCUGCCGAUUCCUUGACUAUGAGCUGGAUGACGAAGAUCUCGACGGUCGACUGCAGCUUAUUCUGGACGGCGGCGAUGAGUUCAGAGAGACUGACGGGCACCAAGUCCAGGUAUUCAAGAAGAUUCUGGAGUACCAUUACGUCGGAAGAGACUCUAAAAGGCUGAAGAGAGAGAGACAUAAGGCAGCAGACGAGAUCAGGUCGAUUCUAGGAACCAUGUCUGUUUUGUUUAGGCCGGUGUCCAUCGAUUCACUUGGUCGCUUCAUCUCAAAAGGAAGAAAAGACCUCAAACAGCAAGUCGCCGCAUUUGGCGCCGUGGUCAACAUUCCCGAGCAGGACAGCGGCGCAUUGACCCUGAUCCAUCUCUCUUUCAGCGAGUUCCUUCUGAGCGAUCAGUGUCCAUCCGACUUUCGAGUAUAUCCAGAAGAGGUCCAUGGUCGAAUUUUGGAAAAGUGUAUCGAUUUGAUGGGGACUGGUCUUUAUCAGGAUAUGUGCGACCUUCAACAUCCGGGCGGCCGUAUCGAAGCCCUUGCACCCUCGGUUGUCGACAGGUGUAUUCCGCAGUACUUGCAGUAUUGCUGCCAUCACUGGAUUGACCAUCUGGGAAGUUUGACCGAGGAGAGACGCAAUGUCUUUCUAGAGAAUGAUGGAUUCAUCCACCAGUUCCUGCGAGAGAAGUUCCUAAUUUGGCUCGAGGCACUCAGCCUGCUGAGACAGAUACAUGUGGCUAUUCUGGCCAUGAGUCGCCUCCAGAAAAUGACAGAGAAGGCCGACUGUCCUGACCUCCAUGUGCUUGUCGAAGAUGCAAUGCCUUUCCUACGCGAGAACAGUUGGAUUAUCGAAAGGGCUCCAAUGCAAAUUUACGUGUCUGCACUUCUCUUCAGCCCCGGGAAAAGCAUCAUACGCAAACAAUUUUCGCAGUUUAUGCCUCGGUGGAUCCAAGUUGUAAGCCCACCGAGACUGAUUUGGAACCCAGAGCUGUUAAUUUUGGGAGGCUCAGAAAAGAGCCACUUGAGCUUCGCCUUUUCCCCUGAUAACACGGUCCUUGCAUCAGCGGGAUACACCGGACCCGUAAAGCUAUGGGAUGUUGCUACAGGAAUCGAACUGCAGAGACUCGAGUUUCGUGAAUCCAUUUGUUGCAUGGCGUUCUCGGAAGAUGGCAAACAGAUUGCGCUUGGAGGGUUGGGUGAAUUCCUUUGUGUUUGGGAGCCUGGCUCAAAUCUCAUGGUAGAACUCAAAGGAGCCGAAUUCCGUCAUCACCAGCACUCGAUCGCGAUUAGUCCCAAAGGCGACAUGAUCGCAGCAACAGCUAAGGAUGGUGAUGACCGUAUUGGAUUAUGGUUAGCUAUAGACGGCUCUCAGAAACUCAAGCGCGACCUCAGCGGCACACCUCGCGCAAUACAGUUCGCGCCCGGCGGGCAGAUGUUGGCCAUCGUGGUCGAAAUAGGCUACUACAGAUAUUCCAUCCAAAUGUGGGACGUUGCUACGGAUGAGUUGAAAGACCUGCAUGUCGGUACGGACAAGAUCUGGGAUGUUGGAUUCUUGGAUCAAGGGAAGACUUUGGCUUCAGCAAUCAACGGGACUGUUGUGCAUUGGGAUACUGAAACCUGGCAAGAGUCUUUCCGAUUCUCUCUGGUCCCCCAAGACGAGUUUGAUGAUCUCAGGUCAGUUGCUUUCUCGCCAAAUGGUGCACAAUAUAUUGCUGCUCAGACCAGCGGAAAGCCCGUCCGACUACGCCUGAGUACAAGCGGGAAAGAGGUUGGUCGCUUCCACGUCGCCAACGGCUCUAAACAGUUGUCUCUUUCUUCAGAUGGCCGAUAUAUGGCCUCAAUAAUCCCAGCUCAGUUCCCAAGGCCAGCGUGGGAGACUCUAAUUCAUCUGUGGACUGUGACACUCGACACAGCUUCCGGGGACAUUAGUGACCAGGAGGUGCCACUGGAAAGCCAUUUCGACUCUGUCUAUGGCCGCCUUGAGUUUAUCUCUGGAGCCGACGAUCUACUUCUCGUUGAAGGAGGGGUCGAGAGUGAGCUCUGGAAGUGGAAUACGGGUGGUGACGUGUCCAAACGAGUCGUGCCACGCACACAUUCAUUCUCCCCAAAUGGCCGGUUCUUGGCGACCUGGACUGAACAUCGAGUCCAGUUCUGGGGCGCUACAAUGGAAGGACAGCCAUUCAAAGAAUUCGAGAUGCCGAUUAAUCACAACGUUUGGCAUAAUGCCGUUUUUUCGACAAACGCCGACUUGGUUGCCAUAGUUGGUUCAUCCCAGACUUCGAUUUUCGAGACGGGGACAUGGCAGAGUGUGUCCCUCUUGCAGGGGGACGUCUCCGAGCUUGUCUUCUCUCCUUUGAAGGACCGAGUGGCCUGGUAUUCAGAAAUAAGUCAAACCAUUCACGUAUGGGACAUUUCCAAAGGGGCUCAUCUUUUUGAGGGGAUAAAGGUCCAAAACCCGAUAUGCGAGAUUUUCUUUUCUCCGAAUGGCGAACUCGUUUUAUACGUUUCAAACCUAAAUCUGCAUGAACGUCGGGUACACAUCGUUAGAGUGCUAACAGGACAAGAAUCUUCUGCUUUCGACAUCACAAUGUGGCAGAUUACUGAACGGGCACCGGUCAGGUUUGCUGAAGAUAGUGAGUCGGUUGCGGCCUUUGGAUACAGAGAUUCCUAUGACUCAUGGGAAUACAUCAUCCGGAACACUUCCGAUGGGCAGCCGAUUGGGUCUCUGAAGCUAGAUAGUGAGCAUAUGGUCUAUGGAACGAAAGCGGCUAUCUCGCCUACUCAGAUCUUGGGACUCUGCGUCAGUUACCGGUCCAGGGAUGAGAUGCAGUUUUGGAAUUCCAAAGGGGAGAAACUGGCGGCACUUGAUUGCCAGUUGCCGGGCGACGAGCUUCGAUUUUCCAACGACGGCGCCCACAUUGAAUCUCAAGUCGGAAAUCUACUUGUUCCUCGGUGGUCACUACAAGAUACAGACGCGUCACAGUCAACACAGCAAGAGAUACCCCACGAGUGUGUCCUUGCCCAUCAAAGGUGGAUCACUUGGGGUUGGGACAAUAUUCUCUAUCUACCCCCGGGCUAUCAGACUUUGAGGGUGACGAUCAAGGGGAAAAAGGUUGCCUUCAAGACAGACAAGCAUGGUGUUGUUUUGAUGGAACUUGAUCUAACCAGGCUUUCUAUCAGAGAGCGAUGGACAAAGCUAAGAAUGGAGGAAUAA